GAGCCGUAGAUAUAGAUCUCACCGGCCAUUUCUUUAAAUAUUGAAGUCUGUCUACUCAAAACCAGUAUUGCAAAGUGUCUGUCUACUCAAAACCAGUAUUGCAAAGUGGGACUGACUUAUGAGCUUCGGUUUGGGAAGACAGUCCGUCGUCUAAACCUAUUAAACAUGGAGAUAAAGGGUGGCUUGACUGUAGCUGCCCUUCAAGUUCUUGACAAACAUAAUUAUGUGGCUUGGACUGUUCGGGUAAAAACUUAUUUGAUGGCAUACGAUCUUUGGGACUUAAUUGAAGGAACCACCGGACCUCCAAGUCAUGAUGAGGCUGCUUUUAAGGCUUGGAGUAUGAAGAAUUCGACAGCCUUAAAUGUAAUCCAAAUUUCAUGCGGACCGGACACAUUUUCUAAGAUUAUUCAUAUUAGUUCUGUAAAAAUCGCUUGGGAUACAUUGGCAAAAAAGUUUCUUCGUGUUCUUGAGGAAGAUAAUUAUGUGGAUUGGAGUGUUCAAAUAAAAACCUAUUUGAAGGCCCAUGAUCUUUGGGAGAUAAUUGAAGCAACCACUGAACCUCCCAGGGAAGAUGAUGAAGCUGCCUUUAAGGCUUGGAGUAAGAAGAAUUCCACAGCCUUACAUGUAAUCAAAAUUUCAUGCGGAACAAAAACAGAUUUUGAGAUUAUUCAGAUUACUUCGGCGAAAACCGCUUGGGAUAUGUUGGCAGAGAAGUAUGCCGUGCCUACAGGCAGUGACGAAAAUGGGAACGUUGACUAUGUUCAGUAUGAGGCCUUAAGAGAGGCUCUGAAAAGUGGUGAUUGGAAUGCUGUAGAGGAGUUCCUUCAGCGCCAGCCCGAUGCAAGGAGUGCAAAAAUCACGUUUUUAGGCCAAACGGCUCUUCACCUUGCUGUUAUUGCUGGACAUGAGUGUAUAGUGGAGAAAUUAGUGGAUGUAAUGUCGGUGGAAGACUUGGCAAUUCUAGAUACGGAUGGCAACACAGCUCUACCUUAUGCAAUUAGUGCGGGAAACUACAAGAUGACUGCAUGCAUGAUUGGAAAGAACAACAACUUGGUCAGCAUUAAAUAUUCGAAGUCAAGUAAUAUUCCAGCUAAUAGGGCUUUUUACAAUGGGCAUACAGAGUUGGCUGGAUAUCUCUAUUCUCACACUCCAUUGGAACAUCUAACGCAAGAAAAUGCCGUCGACGGCGCUACAGUUUGUACCUUUGCUAUAUAUAGCCGAUGUUUAGAUAGUGCUUUGGAUUUAAUUAGGAAGUGUCCACGUUUGGCUCUUGCUCAAGACAAUGAGGAUCGGUCCCCUUUGUACGCUUUGGCCGAUAUGCCUAAUGCAUUCCCAAGUGGAGAUGGGCUCGUGUUUUGGAAACGAUGGAUCUACAACUACUGUAUAUACAUUCAACCGGCUUGGGCCACCAAGGAAAUUCGUUUGAACAUUCAAGACGUAGAAAAAAGUCGAAGUGAUCAAAUAAAAUUCUUUGGAUCAGUGCUAGCUCUAUUGCGCCAGCUAGUUUCGAAUCUCCUUAACUUCUUGGGAAUCAAGGAUUUAUAUGGAUCGAAAUUAGUUCACGCCAAGUCCCAUGAACUUCUGGUUCACAUGUGCAAAGAAGUUUCAAUUUUGAAUGAGAAGCAAAGGAAGAAAGGUCAACUUUAUGAUGCCAUCUUCCGUUCUAUCGAGAAAGGAAAUUUUGAUUUUAUUUUUGGUAUGGUCAAAGCAAAUCCAGACCUUAUAUGGAGCCGUAAUGGAGAUAGCACAUCCAUAUUUUCACAUGCUGUCCUACAUCGGCAAGCAAAAAUCUUUAGCCUUAUAUACCAGCUUGCUGACAAGAAAACUAUGACAAGUUGGGCUAAUAAGAAAAGCAAUAUCAUGUUACAUAUGGCAGGAAUGACAGGAGCUUCGAUUCUACUUAAUCGAAUCCCAGGGGCGGCUUUGCAGAUGCAAAAGGAACUACAAUGGUUUAAGGAGGUGGAAAGUAUUGGCAUUCCCAGGUGUAAGGAAUAUUUGAACACUGAUGGUUUGACUCCUAGGGAAUUGUUUACAAAGAACCACAUAGACUUGAAGAAAGAAGGAGAAAAAUGGAUGAAGGGCACAGCAACUUCUUGUACAGUGGUAGGCGCUCUCAUUGUUACUAUUAUGUUUGCUGCAGCCUUUACUGUUCCAGGUGGUAACAAUCAAGAUACUGGCUUCCCUGUAUUCUUAGAUGAAAGAUUGUUCAUGCUCUUUAUAAUAUCCGAUGCCUUGUCGCUCUUUUCCUCCACAACUUCAGUCGUGAUGUUUUUGGGAAUCCUAACAUCACGCUAUGCAGAAGAUGAUUUCCUUGAAUCCUUGCCAAGAAAGAUGAUCAUAGGACUUUCCACUCUUUUCUUUUCCAUUGCAGCCAUGAUGAUAGCAUUUUCUACUGCUCUUUUAAUUAUGCUACAAGGACAAUAUUCAUGGAUAAUCAUUCCUGUCAUUUGUUUGGCUAGUGUACCUGUCACCUUAUUCAUAUUGAUGCAAUUUCCCCUUCUUGUUGACAUGUGCAUGUCAACUUACGGACCAGGCAUCUUUGAUAAGAAAAUGGGGAGGUGGGUAUGACGUUCCUCAUUUUGUUGUAUAAUGUAAAUGUUUUCCAAGAAGAAUUGGCAUACUAGCCAAAACUAACGAUUUUUUUUGUCUAGGACAGAUGACUGAUAAAUCUUCAUUUGGUUUAUUUUGCCUAUUUUGUGAUUCAUCCAGAUAGUUUAAGACCAAUUAUCAUUAUAUCUUUUUAUUAUUAAA